CCUUAUUGGAGACUGCUUCAAGUCUUCGACUUCCCCUUCUAGCUCCAUCUUUCUUAGCAACAUCUCCCGGUACAUCCAGUGAAACCGCCGACUUUCGCUCUUCGCCCCGUUCUGCUCCGUUUCCAAAAUCCUAACCUUAAGAGGAAGAAUGCAGGAUAAAGCCCGAGGAACGACAGUGGCGGCGAUGACGACCUGCUUCAAGAAGAACCGGAAGCACCCCGGUGGCCGCGGUAACACCGGAGGCAUGCACCACCACCGCAUCCUCUCCGACAAGUACCAUCCCGAGUACUUUGGUAAGGUCGGCAUGCGCUACUUCCACCACCUCCGCAACAAGUUCUACCGUCUCACCGUCAACGUCGACCGCCUCCGGCCCCUCAUCCCCGACGACGUCAAGAAGUCUGCCGUUGCUCGUGGCGACAACUCCGCUCCCUCGAUCGGUGUCACCCAGUUCGGCUACUUCAAGAUCCUCGAGCGAGAUGCACGCCUACCAGCUUCUUUAUUAAAUCCUUGUUGUUGAAGAAAUUCUUCCUCGGGUCCUCUUCGAAGCCGAAGGAGUCUUCAAUGGCAACUCGAC